AUGUCUUGCCAGCAAAGCCAGCAGCAGUGCCAGGCCCCUAAGUGCCCUCCUAAGUGUCCUCCCAAGUGUCAGACACCUAAGUGUCCUCCCAAGUGUCCCCCCAAGUGCCUUCCCCAGGCUCCCUGCCCUCCUCCAGUCUCUUCCUGCUGUGGCUCUAGCUCUGGAGGAUGCUGCAGCUCUGGGGGAUGCUGUAGCUCUGGGUCUGGGGGUGGCUGCUGCCUCUUUUCCCAUCACAGAAGAUCCCACAGGCGCAGGCACCAGAGGUCUGACUGCUGUGAUAGUGGCAGUGGGCGCAGCCAACAAUCUGGGGACUGCUGUGGGAGUUCUGGGGGCUGCUGUGGGAGCUCUGGGAGCUGCUGCUGA